UGUGCACGCUCGUCUCAGGCAAUCAUGGGUAACUGGGUGGAGAACGAAGGACUGUCCAUCUUCGUCGUUCUUGUGUGGCUGGGCUUAAAUGUCUUCCUCUUUUGGUGGUACUAUCUUGUGUAUGAUGUCCCACCAAAAUUCUUCUACACCAGAGUACUCCUUGGCCGUGCUUUGGCUCUGGCAAGAGCCCCUGCAGCUUGUCUGAAUUUCAACUGCAUGCUGAUUCUGCUGCCAGUAUGUCGAAACUUGCUCUCCUUCCUCAGAGGAUCAAGUGCGUGCUGCUCUACCCGUAUCAGACGACAGCUGGACAGGAACCUUACCUUUCACAAAAUGGUGGCAUGGAUGAUCGCCCUUCACACAGCAAUUCACACCAUCGCACAUUUAUUCAACGUAGAGUGGAGUGUGCAAGCCCGUGUUGAAGAGGAAGGAACUCUGGCAGCUGUGCUUUCUAGCCUUGGUGAUAAGCCACAUGAAAGCUACAUCAACUUUUAUAGAAAUAAAAUUCAGAAUCCUGUGGGGGGCCUAUAUGUGGCUUUCACGUACUUGGCUGGUCUGACUGGCGUUAUCAUCACGCUGGCCCUCAUACUGAUCAUCACGUCAUCCACCAAGACCAUCCGAAGGUCGUAUUUUGAAGUAUUUUGGUACACCCACCAUCUCUUUGUCAUCUUCUUUAUUGGCCUUGUCAUCCAUGGUGCUGGGCGUAUUGUGCGAGGGCAGACAGCUGAGAGUCUGGAUGCACAUAAUCCAGAGAUUUGCUACAAGAACUUCACUGACUGGGGAAAGAAGGGGGCUUGCCCCAUCCCCCAGUUUUCAGGGAAUCCUCCUAUGACAUGGAAGUGGGUAGUAGGUCCCAUGUUUUUGUACCUGUGUGAGAGGUUGGUGCGGUUUUGGAGGUCACAGCAGAAGGUUGUCAUCACAAAGGUGGUCAUUCACCCCUUCAAGACAAUUGAGCUCCAGAUGAUGAAGAAGGGCUUCAAGAUGGAGGUUGGGCAAUACAUUUUUGUCAAAUGUCCAGCAGUGUCUAAACUGGAAUGGCAUCCGUUUACAUUAACCUCUGCUCCAGAAGAGGAUUACUUCAGCAUUCAUGUCCGCAUUGUAGGGGACUGGACAGAGGGCUUGUUCAAUGCCUGUGGAUGUGAUAAGCAAGAAUUCCAGGAGGCAUGGAAGAUGCCCAAGAUAGCUGUGGAUGGCCCCUUUGGAACAGCGAGUGAGGACGUAUUCAGUUAUGAAACUGUUAUGCUUGUUGGAGCUGGAAUAGGUGUCACCCCCUUUGCAUCUGUACUCAAGUCUGUCUGGUACAAAUACUGCCACGAUGCGACCAACCUGAAACUCAAAAAAAUCUAUUUUUACUGGCUUUGCAGGGACACUCAUGCCUUUGAAUGGUUUGCUGACCUCUUGCAAUCUCUGGAGGCUCAAAUGCAGGAGAGGAAUAACGCAGACUUUCUCAGCUAUAACAUCUACCUUACAGGCUGGGAUGAAUCUCAGGCCACUCAUUUUGUAAUGCAUCAUGAAGAAGAGAAAGAUGUGAUUACAGGCUUGAAACAGAAAACUUUGUAUGGAAGACCUAACUGGGAAAACGAAUUCAAAACUAUUGCAGGGCAGCAUCCUGGCUCCAGAAUAGGUGUUUUCCUCUGCGGACCUGAGGCCCUAGCUGACACACUCAAUAAACAGAGCAUCAGCAACUCAGAAGCUGACCCACGAGGAGUACACUUCAUUUUUAACAAGGAAAAUUUCUAACUUCCAAGCACAUGGGAGUCAUUCAAUACAAAGUCUGAAGACUGGAUCUCUUUUUUCUAUUUGGAGUCUGGGAAGGACAGCCCAGCUUCUAAUCUCAGCUACACUAAUGCAAAUCCCUUUGCUUCUUGGGAAUUAUUUUGGCGCUGUGGUAGAGUAAAAGAAUCAAGUUUUACCUCAGGGAAGUGUGC